AAUUCGCCUUGCAUUUUAUUUUAUUUUUGCAUGAAGUUGUUUUUGAUCGCAAUAACAAAAUAAAUGAUUUUUUUCAAAUAAUUUCCUAAUAUAACAAUGAAUUUUACAAAUUCUGUUAAUGUUUCAGUAGAAACAACAUGUGAAAGCAAAAUACAAGAAAUUGGUUAUGAUGGCACUGAAAUUUAUGAACCGCCACCGACACUCUCGGAAACCCUUAAAAAAUGUGCAGCUAAAAUAGAUUUUAGCAAAACUUCUUUGGAAGAACUGAAAAAAGAAGAAAAAGCACAAGCGGAUGAAGCCGACAAAGAUGCACAAUUUCAGCCUAGUUUAUGGCCUUGGGAUUCAGUGCGCAACAAACUAAAUGAUGCCUUAACAGAAGUAUGUGUACUGGCGGAUGUUAUAUCAAUAGCUAAAGAUAAACGUUAUCUUGUACUCGAUCCUGUGCCAGAUACAGAACCUGAAAAGAAUAAUGCCAUCAUUCAAGUUUAUAGUCGCAAAAAAGCUCUCAACCAGGCCGCCCAAAUUUUAUUAAGUGGAGCGGAACGUCUUAAAAAUACCCAUACGGAACAGCGUAAUCGUAAUGUUUCCGAUUUUCACAUAGAAUUGCUGCGUUUAAGGCAAAAUUGGCGUUUGAAAAAGGUAUCGAAUGCUAUUAUAGGAGACUUAAGUUAUCGCACGGCCGGUUCUAAGUUUGGCAUGAGUGGCACUUUUGAGGUCACUAAAGCGGAAGAUGUAGCCGAUGAGGAGGCAGCUGGCACUUCUACUUCCCUAGCCACAACAGGUGCCAAUAAUGGACUACCAAAUCCUUCACCGAAAAAUAAUUCCGCUUUAAGAGUUAUAGUACCAGCAGAACUGCAAGGAGUGGCUUAUUUUAAAGUUAUUACACAAAAAGAUCAGGAAGAUUUAUGUACCGCUACAGUGAAUUUAAUGGGUCAUGGACCUAAUACAACACAACAAGGUGGUGUCUGGCAAAAAACUAUAGAAGAUGCACAAAAUGUGCUCUUUUGCAAGGAACUAUUUAGCCAGCUGGCCAGGGAGGCCAUACAACUGCAAGCUCCCAUACCGCAUGUUGUUAUAGGCAAUCAAAUUCGUGCCACACUUUUACCUGGCAUUCAGUUAAUCAUCUCUCUAUGUCAUUCCACUUCUGUGGAUAGUAACCAGCCCACGCCCAUAAAUGAUCAUGAUCACGAUCAUGUUUUAGAACACUCACUACAUCAACUGCUGCGUGAGGUACAUCAUAAAAAUUCCCACCAUCCUUUUCCACAUCCGGCCAGUGGUCCCUUGGGUCCAAGCAAAAAACGUAUGCUGGCUGGACCCAUGGCAUCCGAUCGUCAAAGUCUUGUUGAGAUGACAAAAUAUCAAACAAUACUGGAGCAAAUUAUCGCUCAAGCUCAACAUAUUUUUAUGCGCAAACGUACACAAUAUGUUCUCGAUACUUUGGCCAGAGAUGUUAAAGAUCCUCAGAUUGUAUCACAUUGGAAUGCCAUGACAAGUCCGACUAUGUCAUGUGUUAAAAUUAAUAUUGUAACCCAUGGUUACGACACCAUCAAUCGCACCUCCCUGGUCAUUCAUGUACGCGAGCGUUCCCUUAAGGCUAUUUGUCGUGAUGGUCGUGUUAUGCAUUUGUCUUAUGAACCGCAAGAAUUACGCGAUUUAAUACUCUGUCAAAUUAAUUCUCAUCAAAUAUCUUGUCUCUUGAAUUUGGCACGCUGCAUGGCCUGGCAGGUGUUGUCGAAUAGUAAUCAUUUGGGUAUUGGUAAAGUUGAACCAUUAGGCAAUGCUAGUUCUUGCCUUUUGGCCUCUCCCAAUAGCGAUCGCAUGAUAGCGGUACAAAUACGCUGUACACAAUCACAAAUGGAUGUUAAAGUUUAUAUUGCAAAAAGUCCGAGACAGGAUUUCUUUCCGAAUCCUUUGGUGCCCGAAAAGUUUUGGGAAAAUUUGGGUGGUCAUUUUAAGGAGGUUCGUUUCGAUAAAAUCGAAGGCAAAAGUUUUCUUAAUAAAAUGGAAUUUUUAAUGGCUUCACUUAAUAGUAGCUCAGCUUAAGUUAUAUUAUUAUUAAUAAUAAAUAAAAAAAUUUUAAAAAAAUAUA